AUGGGAUAUGCACUCUUUGUUAUUGGGCCAGCUGGAUCUGGAAAAACAUCUCUUUCCCACAUGCUGAAGGAGUACUAUACUUCGCAAAAUAGAAGCGUAUCUAUAAUUAAUCUAGAUCCUGCGCAGACGCUGGAGGAUUUGGACUUUUCGUUUGACAUUCGCAACCACAUUGAAGUCGCAGAAAUCAUGGAGGAGGCAGACUUUGGGCCAAACGGGGCGCUGAUGGCGGGGCUGGAGGCCAUUUCUGACCAUUUGGACGUGAUGGAGCUGCCGGAGGACGACGGCGCAUUUCUUAUUUUUGACUGUCCCGGGCAGAUAGAGCUCUACGUCCACUCCGACUCCAUAAUGAAAAUAGUCCAGGAGAUGGGGAAAAACCACUACACAAUGGCGAUAUACGCACUCGAUGCAACGCACGCAUUUGACACGGCUAAGUUUGUCUCUGCUGCAGUUUCAGCGACCAUUUCCAUGUGCAAGUUUGAAGUCCCGCACAUAAACGUCCUCACAAAGUGCGAUCUAGUCCCAAGCGAGGACCUCGAGGACUUUCUUUUUGGAAUGGACAUUGAAAAUAUUGCGGAAAAACUUCCUGCACACACCCCGAGGGAGAAAAAGUUCAACCACGCGCUGACCACGAUUAUCCGGGACCAGGGCCUGCUCGGGUUUAUACCCCUGGACUACAAGAAGGAGAACUCGCUCGAGGCCUUGGCGUACCAAAUAGAUACAUGCGUGCAAUAUAUUGACGCGCACGAGGACGAUGACUGA